AGCAGCCAUCCGCAUCAAGCAGAUUUCAUUCACCUAACGGCGGCCCUGUGAGAACAACAGGCUACCUCCCUCUGUCCUGUGAUGCUGCACAUCUAUGGGACAAGGGCUACAAAAAAAACCAUAUGAAUCUAACAAAGAGCCAUAAAAUCAACAUCAAAUCCACAUACAAUCCUAAUUUGGGGCAACAUCAUAAAGACAGCACCUUUUUGUUAUCUGUAUAUGAUUAUUUUUUAAUCGUAUAGAUAUUUAUUCAAAACUAUCGGCUCCUUGGACAAUAUUCUUAAGUGUUAAGAUAAGGAAGCUGAUGUUCUUCUGUAUUCAGUCAAGAUAUCCCUGGUCGCUUCUCAGAAUAUUUUGGCUGUGAGUAGCUACGUAGAAUAAAAACAUGCACAUAACUAGAGGGGUUGGGUGCGACCCAGACCCACUGGCAGGGCAGAGUCUUUUCUCCAGCAGCAGCUCCACUGUGCCCUUGUGUGGCAGUAGUUACUGACCGACUCUUCAGCACAGCCAGGAGCCCACAGAAGCUGCAGCUCCAGCUGCACCAUGACUUCAUCGGACAAUGAUGAAACGGGGAGUGAUCUGUCUCUGGAGAUCCGUGAGCUCCAGGACCAGUAUAUGGACCCAGAGACCUGCUUCAAGUCCAAAAGCUUACCCAUCCUGAACGGACCCUGUCAGCCGGAUGGAAAGGCUGCGCAGCCUCGACUGGUCAACACCACCCACAGCCGUGUGGCCCUGGAGAAGAGCUGUGAGCUCCAGCCAAAAACCCCAGACUCCAGUCAGGCAGAGACUCCCUCCUCCAGGACAGACUUCUCCCCCUCUGCCUCCAGCAUGGUGGGACUCAGUAGCUCUUUGCCCGUGGAGGGCCACAGGGCCGCCGGUUCUGGGGGUAAAAAACUAGGUUUCUCGCUCACCCGCCUUAUCCGCAUCCCAGCCAGGAAGUAUGCCCGAGCCAUCCUGAGGGACUCCCGCUGCUUCCUGUUCUGCAUGUGCUACCUGACCUUCAUUCAGUCCCUGAUGGUUUCGGGCUACCUGAGCAGUGUCAUCACCACCAUUGAGAAGCGCUACAGUCUGCGCAGCUCUGAGUCCGGCCUGCUGGUCAGCUGCUUCGACAUCGGAAGCCUGCUGGUGGUGGUCUUCAUCUCCUACUUUGGGGGCAGGGGUCAGAGGCCCCGCUGGUUGGCUGUGGGUGGUGUGGUCAUCGCUGUAGGGGCAGCAUUGUUUUCCCUUCCCCACUUUAUCUCACCACCUUACCAGAUCCAGGAGAAGAACUCAUCAAUGGGCCUCAAAGGCCUCUGUCAGAGUGGCAACAGCAGCGGGCGUGAGCUCGACGCGGCAUCGUGCCCUCGCGACCAGGAAGGCAAUGAGCACAACCUGUAUGUGACUCUGUUCAUAUGCGCCCAGAUACUUGUGGGCAUGGGGUCCACGCCAAUCUACACCCUGGGGCCCACCUACCUGGACGACAAUGUGAAGAAAGAAAAUGCAUCUCUCUACUUGGCCAUCAUGUACGUAAUGGGCGCCCUGGGACCUGCAGCUGGCUACUUGCUGGGAGGCGUCCUCAUUGGCUUCUACGUCGACCCCAAAACUACAGUCAACAUUGAUCAGAGCGACCCCCGCUUUGUUGGCAACUGGUGGAGCGGCUUCCUCCUGUGUGCCGUCGCCAUGCUUCUGGUCAUCUUUCCCAUGUUUGCCUUCCCCAAAAAGCUGCCCCCACGCCACAAAAAGAGGAAGAAGAAAAAGAUUGGCUCACCCGGCGACGUGUCCAGCGACGACGAAGUGAUGAAGGAAAAGUCCUGUGGUAAAGACAAGAAUGUCUCCUCCUCCAUGGGCUUUGGAAAGGACAUCAAAGACCUCCCCAAGGCAGCCCUGAGGAUCCUCAGCAACAUGACCUUCCUGUUCGUCAGCCUGUCCUACACGGCAGAGUGUGCCAUUGUCACCGCCUUCAUCACCUUCAUCCCCAAGUUUAUAGAGUCACAGUUUGGUAUCCCCGCCUCCAACGCCAGCAUAUACACCGGUUUGAUCAUCGUACCCAGUGCCGGGGUAGGCAUCGUGCUGGGGGGCUACAUCAUCAAGAAGCUGAAGCUCGGUGCCAGAGAGUCGGCCAAGCUGGCCAUGAUCUGCAGCGGGGUGUCUCUGCUCUGCUUUUCCACUCUCUUCAUCGUGGGCUGCGAGAGCAUCAAUUUAGGAGGCAUCAACAUACCUUACACCACUGGUCCGACCCUUACGAUGACCCACAGGAACCUGACGGGCAGUUGCAACGUGAACUGUGGCUGCAGGAUCCACGAGUACGCUCCGGUCUGCGGCUCUGACGGCAUUACCUAUUUCAACCCCUGUCUGGCUGGAUGCAGCACUGUGGGCAAUGAUAGCACUGGGAUCAGGAACUACACGGACUGCGGCUGUGUGCAGAGCCGACAGGUCAUCACGCCGUCCUCCGGCGGCCAGGUCAACCAGCUCCAACUGGUCAUCGUUAAAACCUACCUGAACGAAAACGGCUAUGCCAUUUCGGGGAAGUGUGACCGCACCUGCAACACCCUCAUCCCUUUCCUCAUCUUCCUCUUCAUUGUCACUCUGAUCACCGCUUGUGCCCAGCCCUCCGCCAUCAUCGUCACACUCAGGUCUGUUGAUAAACAGGAGAGGCCUUUUGCUCUUGGGAUGCAGUUUGUCUUGCUCCGGACUCUUGCCUACAUCCCCACGCCCAUCUACUUUGGAGCUGUGAUCGACACCACCUGCAUGCUGUGGCAGCAGGACUGCGGCGUGCACGGCUCCUGCUCGGAGUACGACGUCACCUCGUUCCGCUUCGUCUACUUCGGCCUGGCGGCCAGCCUUAAGUUCGUGGGCUUCAUCUUCAUCUUCCUCACCUGGUACUCGAUCAAGCAUAAGGAGGCUCGGGCAGAUCGCUGGCGCCAGCACCUCCCUCCUCUGGGCACAGUCAGCGAGCUCAUCUGCCACGCCGGAGGUCACAAAAGCCACGCUCGCACCCGCUCCUGCCCCGUGUUCAUCCCGCCUCGGCUCGACCCGCCUGCCGCCCUGCUGCUCGACCGUGGCCACAGCAGCCUCAGCUGCCCUGGCAAUGCCCUCAAAGCAAUAACCCCGCCCACCCUGUUGCCUCAUCAACACAGAGGCUCCGCCCAUGUCUGAGAGCACUCCGAGCGUCCCUCCGGGGGGUCCAUUGUGAGACGUGCCUUCCUGUUUGUGUUUUGUCACCACAGUGUCUGCUUUACACCAAUCAGACGCCAGGCGGGGCUCCACGGCUGGUGGAGGACAUACAGGCAGAGACACGGGUGCAGCCACCAUAUUUAAAGGGCUGCUCAUUGUUGCUUGUACAGGAGACUGACACAUGUUCUUUCAUUCUGAGCGUAUCAUCAGCCGAAGCCACACACAGCAUCCACACAGAAGGUCAGACCUCUGCUUGAAGGUUUCCGAUGAUGUAAAGACAUCACGUGGUGCUACUGUUACCGGGCAGGGCAUUAAAGUCUCUGUACAGAUGAGUCAUCAACAGCCUCUAAAGCACAACUGACAAACCUGUACUAUGCAAGAUCCGAUGUACAGCUCCCCCUGUAUUACAUCUGCACCUCUUUCUUAGUCCCCGCUCAAUUGCUACAUGUUGUCGUCGGCUCAUUCAUAAUUCCAUUUUCCCUUCCAGUCUGAGCUCUGAACAUAUCAGCAACCUCUCUUGUAUUUGAGCCUUUUCUGGUGUUGUUUGGAUCAUACGAAUUGUUCUCUUCCUGUUUAGUAACAGUGCCUCUCAGGCUGUUUCGGGCCAGUCCAGUACUCAAAGCUCUCUCCCAGUCCCAGUCCCAGUCCUCCCAGCUGAGAGGACUGGGACUGGGAGCGUUCUUCUCUGUUUGGUAACAGAUGUCACUGAACUUGAGUGUUUGCCCCCGUUGAAGGUAACCAUGUAGCUUAAAGCUGACAAGCACCAAUGGUACAGUGUUUAAUGACUUCUAUGAAAUCUAUAUUUCAUUACACACCACACUACUUAACUAUCAUACUCUGUAAUAAUUUGCCAAAUGGCAAAAAGGAUUAAUGAAUAAGAAAGGUAACUCAUCCCUGACCAUGUGCUGAAGCUACUUUAUGUCCAAAAGAUGUGAUUGUACUUGUUUUGUGGAGAUUUUAAAGAAUGUGGCAAGACCUCAACAAAUUUGACCCACUUUAAAACACAACUUCUUCAAAGUUAAAUUAUUUGUGUGUUUAUCUAUUGCAACAACCAACCACAAAUGAAAGGAUGCAUCACUUUGGCUUCACAUUGUAAUGGCUUCUCCAUUCUAAUGGUCAUCAGAUGUACAUAGUAGUUAUCUAGUAGUCUAGGCUUUUAAGAAAGUAGUGCAGCAAGCAUGUGAAACAAUGGUCCCCUUUAGCAGCAGGAGUUGGAUGUGGAUUAUUCAGUGUUUGGGGCCCUCUAGUGGACAAAGAGGUGAUUGUAUGAAGGCCAGUGAAUGUUUGUCUAACUACUAUGAAAUACUUGGUUAAAAGGUUAACUAUUAAACUCAGUCACUGCACACCAGAUUCACAUUCUGUGUAACCAAUGCCAUGUUUUACUCCAAUCGUGUGCUUUUCUUUUAAUUUGGGCUCAUGUUAUUUUCUUAAUUGGCUUAUGGAUCUACAGCUUCCUGUGAAUAGGACAGGAAGUGUUUUACAUCUGGUGCUAUGGCUUAUUUAGUUCGCUUUGUUGAUUUAUUAGACAUUAGUAAGUAAAAAAAAAAAAAUAGAAGAGAAGUCUAAUAAAGUUAUUUUAUAAAUUAUUCAGAUCAGUUCGAUUACAUUCUUAGUUGUUAAAAGUUUGCAAAGGAAUAGAGAAUCUGAUGCAGUGAAUACAUUUUAAUAGUUAACAUUUUGGGCCGAGAUUCGUGGGCUUCUGCCAGGUAAAGAUUAUCACGUGGUAAUGGCAGUAACUCAUUUUAGUAUUAUCGUGACUUAGUAGCUCAAAUGACAUAUUCAUAAGUGAUGAUUGUGUAAAUAUCGACAAAUCAAAUGAAGCGUAUUAUAGAGCUCACACAUAGUUAGAAGCAUAUUUAUGAAUUUACCCAUGAAAUUGUAGUUAAAAUGAAAAAAAUAACUAAAAGUUAGAAAACGGAGGAUUUGUCUCAUUGUGCCUGAACAGUAUUAUUCACAUGGGGGUUCAUCAUGUGGGCGGAGUCGGGUUAUCGGUCAUGAUUCUCUACCAUUCCUCGUGCUUCAACAGAGGAAUACCAAUGUGGGAUUAUUGAUCAGGUCCCCGUGUGUGUGACGAGAAAGCCAAAUGUGAGUCAUCUUACAAUAAAGUAUUUAUUACAUUCA